GCAUUUUGGGAAGGUCGAGUUCUCCUUUGCAAGCCAGCUAGGCUGAUGAGUGUAACUUUUUAACGCCCUCCCAGUUCAGAGACGCCCAACUCUAAGCUGGUUGCAUUCCUCUUCGCUUAGAAAAAGAAUCCCCCCAAAAACUUCACGCUUCCCACUUGUUUCGUUUGUUGGUGGGUCAUGUAAAAUCAAAAUCCCCAGGACCAAGUUUGAAGAGGAACAGUCGCUUUUUGAAGAUUUCGUCGUCUUUUGAGAGAAGGAUCGGCAAACUAUUGGCAGGCAUAGUCGCUGAAGAUGUUGCCAACAUUCCUGGCGUUGCUGCUGAUCGGCCAGGGGUUCAUUGAACAUUCCAGCGGUCAAUUUGAAGUGCAGCCCAUCACCAGCUCCAAUGGAUGUACAGGGAUCCAGGACUGCCCCAUCGUUGUAUACUUUGUCCUCGACACCUCGGAGAGUGUGGCCAUACCGAGCCGUGUGUACGGCGACCUGGUGGAGAGCAGCAAAAGCUUCACCAAGACCUUUGUAGAGAGGGCGAUAGAUGAAGACUUUAAUGACCGGGUGAAGUUUAUCUGGGAGUUUGGAGGCUUACACUUCUCUGACAGGGUGGAAGAAUUCAGCCGCAUAACCACCAACAGACACGACUUCCUGGCGAAUCUGACCAAAAUUGAAUACAUCGGCCGUGGCACUCACACGGACUGUGCCCUCAAAGCGAUGACGGACAAAAUAAAGCAGCACUCCCUGUACAACAACGCCAUCAGCUUUGCCAUCGUCAUCACCGACGGUCACGUGACCCGCGACAAAUGCGACGGCAUACAAAAGAUGGCCGAGGCAGCCAGGGACGCCAACAUCAGGGUGUUUGCCGUCACCACCGACGACCUCCAGAACGAGAUAGGUCUCCAAUACGAGCAUGCCCUCAAGACCAUUGCCAACUUCCCCCCCGAGUUGUAUCGGAGUGACUAUGCCGUUGCUUCUGCCACCAAUGAGGAGCUACCCAGCAGAACAAUCGAUCGAAUCUAUGAUGUUAUGCGAAGAGAGGCCUUCCUCAAGUGUUACAAGAUGAAGUGCCUGACAUUUACAGGAGCCUCUGGACUGAAGGGAUUCAAAGGAAGGAAGGGAGAAAAGGGUACGACUGGUGCUGUCGGUGACUUAGGUGACUCUGGUCGGCUGGGUGAUCCUGGUAUUGAAGGACCCAUCGGCUUCCCUGGUCCCAAGGGUUAUCCAGGAUCGCUUGGAGAAAAGGGUGAAAUGGGAUCUGAUGGAAAGAAGGGGAAUGCUGGAUUACCAGGUCGGGAUGGCAUUGAUGGGCAGAAGGGAAAGCUGGGACGUGUUGGACCUCCAGGAUGCAAAGGAGAUUCCGGUGAACCGGGUCAACCUGGUUACUCAGGAGAAGCUGGUGACAGAGGAUUUGCUGGUGAUCCUGGAAUUACGGGAGAUGUUGGGCGCCCAGGAAGAAGUGGUCCUCCGGGACCUCCAGGAGACAAAGGUCUCAAGGGAUCGCUGGGACCUUCUGGACGUUCAGGAGCCAUGGGUCCAAAGGGAGGACAGGGAGGCAAUGGAAGUCUUGGCCCUAAAGGAGAUGUGGGCCGUAGAGGUGACAUUGGACCCAAAGGAAAGCCUGGACCAAGAGGGAACGUCGGAGAUAAGGGCGAAUUGGGAAUUGAAGGUGUGCGUGGAUUGGCAGGUGAAGGCGGACGGAGAGGAGAGAAGGGAGACAUUGGCUUUCCAGGACCAAGAGGAAACCCAGGCCCAUCUGGAGGACCAGGCUUGAAUGGAACGCGAGGAAACCCAGGUGAAGUCGGAUCAAGGGGUGACUCAGGACCUCCCGGCCCCCAGGGCGACAAAGGAAGGCAAGGAUUCAGUUUCCCAGGGCCCAGAGGAGAACAGGGCGAUGAAGGAGUGGGUGGAACUGAUGGCUACAUGGGUAACAAAGGAGAAAUGGGACUCAAAGGAGAACAAGGUCUAAAAGGGGACCUUGGUGAAGAGGGUGACCCUGGACCGACUGGUGAGCCCGGAAACAGAGGGAAAGCAGGAGACCCAGGACAAGAUGGUUCUCAUGGACCUCCUGGCGACGCAGGUUUAACAGACUGUGAUGUGAUGACAUAUGUCAGGGAGACGUGUGGAUGCUGUGACUGUGAGAAGCAGUGUGGACCGCUGGAUAUUGUUUUUGUUAUUGACAGUUCAGAGAGUAUUGGACUGACCAACUUCACCCUGGAGAAGAAUUUUGUCAUCAACACCGUAAGCCGCUUGGGCGCAAUGGCUAAGGACCCUAAUGCUAAGACAGGAGCUCGUGUUGGCGUUGUUCAGUACAGUCACGAAGGAACGUUCGAGAAAGUGCUUCUGAGCGACCCAAAGAUCAACUCCCUCUCGGCAUUCAAGGAGGCAGUCAAGAGGCUGGAGUGGAUCGCAGGUGGGACGUGGACCCCGUCCGCCCUCAAGUAUGCCUAUGACAUGUUGAUUCAGGCCAACAAGCGCGAGAAGGCAAAGGUCUUUGCCGUGGUGAUCACCGAUGGGCGAUCUGACCCGCGGGACGAUGACACGCUGCUCAACUCGCUCUGCAAGGACAACAUCAUCGUCAACGCCAUCGGCAUUGGCGACAUGUUCAAAAGGGACCAGGACCCCGAAACCCUGCGGUCCAUCGCCUGCGGGAAGCCCGGACGCGUGCAGAAGAUGAACCUCUUUGCCGACCUGGUGGCUGAGGAGUUCAUUGACCAUAUGGAGGAUCUAUUAUGCCCCGACCCUGAGAUCAUCUGCCCUGAUCUCCCAUGUAAAGCAGAUGACUUAAACAGUAACGAUGCAAACCCAGGUAUCGUGUACUUUUCAGAGUUUGAAAACCACCUUCAUAAUUGGUGGUCCACAAAACAAGAAUUGACAUCAGCCAUGCAAACUGCUCAGCACCCAGACGCCUACGCCAAACUGGUGGCCACCAUGGCCUACACUGCAGGAAUGGCCAAAUUUGCCAGCGGAGAGGAACGCAAAAAUUGGACUGACCAGUUCAUAGAUUCGUUUAAAUUGAUUUACAGCGACAUAACAGGGGAUGUCGACAAAGCGAGGGGGCUGUGCUUUUAGAAGCGUGUGAAUAGCCUGUGGCCGCCAUGGCCAUGCGGCACACCCAGGCUCCCACUGUGGAAGGAAAGUCAGCUUGUUUCCCAUUCUGAGCAUUGUGUCCCUCAGCCUUUCGCUGCUGUGCAGGGAGGGGCAGGCUCGAUGGGCAUUAAAGGCCGUCCCAUGCAGUGAUGCCCUGCUGCAUAACAGUCUGCUGCUGGUUGGGGUUGGAUGCCAGGACACAAAUACAGAACCAUAGAAUCUUAGCAACAAAAGGAGCAGACAUUUGGCCCACUGACUCCAUGCUGGCCCCUGGGCCCGUUGCAUUCCUGAAUCUGGCUCACUUAUUCCAAAAAAAUAACCAGAUAAUGAAAGAAAUAUGGGUACACCAAUCCUCUGCCUGGGUUUGGUAGUGCAAUGGCAACAGGAUCUAAAAUGAAACUUCUGGAAUCUAUCUAAACAUAGAUCCAUUUAACUGGAAACACAGAAUGUGGGUGGCAUGAUAGGGGGGGGAUGACCGGAAAUCUAUACUUGACUUGAACUUGUAGUGUAGGCCAAUCAAUCCAAAGAACAUUCAUGCAGACUCUGCAUCUGUUCCCAACACAAGCUUGAUGUAACCCGAGAGGUCACACUAUUAUCACCUCCUGCAUCUCCCCAUCAUUGAAACAUUGGUGCAAUGGGCAUCUCGCCAUGAGAAUCUCAAAGAUAUAUUGAUUUUACAUAGUGCAUAUCUCACGCAUUAUUCUGUGAAAGUACACCUAUGAUUUAUUUUCUUCUUUUGGCAAUGGCUGUGUACUGGGGAUUAAUGUCCAAUCCUGGAGACUUCAGCUCAUGCCUGGAGCCUAGCAAAGUUUCAAGGGGAGCCUCUGGACUGUGAACUACCAGCCCCUCAUCCUUCUCAGCUGCUCAUAAUCUGUGAAGUACACCCCGCACUUUCUGAUUUCCAUUACUCCCCAGCCCUCUGACACUUUACCCCAACCCUCGCACGCAGCUGCUGUUAAGCGGGGGAAUCUGCUGUUGCUGGCAGUGCUUUGCUUCUGACAUUUGGAUGCGGCUUUUCAACAUGUAUAUGUAUUGUUCAAUAAACGAUCCAUUUUAUUCUCA